GACUGGCUUGACACUGGUGUGGAAAAGAUGGCUGCUUCGGCGGCAACGGCGAGUUCUUCCCCCGGUUUGUGUCCAAAUUACGCCGUGAUUUGCUCGUUCCUGGAGAGGUACGGAACGUUGUUGGACUUACCGGAGCUCACCUUUCCCCAGCUGGAGAGAUAUCUGCAGGACACCUCCUCAGUUCCAAAGCUGCUGGUUGAUCUUCACGUCAAGCUCCUGAGAAAGAUUGGCAAGUCUGUGUCAGCAGACAGAUGGGAGAAAUAUCUAGUGAAGGUAUGUCAAGAGUUCAACACAACCUGGGCAUGGGAACUCGAACAGAAAGGAUACAAGGAGCUGACGACAAAUUGCAAGACGGCGAUACUUAAAUAUUUGUGUGAGUGUCAGUUUGAUGACAAUGUUAAGUUCAAAACCGCCAUCAAUGAGGAGGACCCAGAUAAGAUGCGCCUGCAGCCGAUCGGGCGGGACAAAGACGGUCAGAUGUAUUGGUUUCAACUUGACCAGGAUGACAACGUGCGCGUUUAUGUGGAGGAACAGGACGACUCUGACGGAUCGUCGUGGAAGUGCAUCGUCAAAGAUCGAAAUGACUUGGCUGAGGUUGUAGCUCUGCUGAAGACACAAAUUGAUCCUGCGCUGUUAAAAAAAGAUCAAGAAGCCAAACUUGAGGGUGAGGAGGGUAAAGAGAAUGCAGAAAAAGGUGAAGUGAAAAAGAUUGAGGACACAUCAGAUGAAGAGAACAAAGACUCCAACAAGGCUGUCAGUCCUGUCUCGCAAAAGACGGAGAAUAAUGAAAAAGUAACACAGGAAGAAGUUUCUGAGGCCAAAUCACUGAAUGGCAUCAUUGACGGCAAAACUGAAGCAAAGCUCAAUACAGAAAAUACCACAGUGGAUCUUAGCAUCAGUACAAAAGCUGAGAACAUCAAAGAAGAGCCGAUCGAGGUGUCGGACACUAAAACAAGCACAGCGACAAGUGAACCGGCCCCUGAGACGCCAUGUAUAUCAGUGAAGGCAGAAAAAGUAGAGGAGGUCAAAAAGAGCAGUGUGGAGGAGAUUCAACAAUCUGUAAAGAACGACCAGCAGGCCAAAAUCCCUUUGAAAAAAAGAGGAAUGAAGUUUACUGAAGAUUUUGAAAAGAAUAGUGGCAUCAUAGUGCAAAACCCAUCGGUUUCUCAGGUCAAGGAAGCUCCUAAAGUUGACUCGACUACCGAACAGACCAAGAAAGCACAGAGUGUAAAUGAUCAUGUUAAUGGUGAAGUUCAGCCUACGCUGGAGAAAGGUCUCCAGAGUCAUUUGUGCGACUCACUAAAAGACACCGCUGUCGACAAAGGGCUGACAUCUGAACCAGCUGCAGGUAAAUCUGUACAGAAGAGAGAAAAGGACUCUCCAACCACAGACAAAGAAGAUGCGAAAGACAAAAAGGAUGAAGCCAGCAGUGCAGAAAAGGUCACAGAAGCCGUCGCUUCACACCAAGCAGACAAGAAAAGUCUAGAUGUACAGGUAGAAAAGGAAAGCACUGCAUCAAAAGAAAAGAAAGAAGCGAUUGGCACUCCAAAAGAACCGCCGACUUUACCUAAAGACAUCAAUAAUGCACCUGAGACAUCAUCUAAUCAUGAGGAGCCUGGAAAAAUAAGAGAAGCCAAACAGGCAGCUACAAAAGAGUCUUGUGCAGAUGACAAGACAUCAAAUGAAACUAAUAAAACAUUAACAACUGGUGAGCCAGAGAAAGUCACAUCCAAAGAGUUUGAAUCAAAGCAUUCAGAGAAAAAAACAGCCAGUGUAGAAAAAUCAGCACCAAGCAAGACAGAAGAAACCAAGGGGUCGGGAAAUGUGAAAGACUUGAAGCAAACGGAAAAGAGUGAUGCUAAAGAAACAUCGACAUGUGAGGCUAAUGUAGAGAAAUCGGAUAAAUCAGCAUCGAAAGAAAAGCCAGGAAUCAUCAAAACGACAAACAAUGAUGCUGCAAAGAAAUCUGCCGACUCUAAAAACUCUGCGUCAUCACCUGUCAUUAAAAAGACAGAAAUGGUAAAAGACAGUAAUGAUAUGGAGAGCCAAGAAGCCACCCAGAGUCCUAAGAUCAUUAAAAAGGCAGACAAACCAGUGAUCAGUGAGGAAGCAGAAAGAACAUCCAAAACUGAAGAGAGUGCAGAGUCUUCUGUUAUUAAAAAGCUAGACAAAUCAUGUAAACCUGUCGAGAAGCACGAUAACCUCAAAGAUGCAGAGACGAAGCUAGAGAAAGCUAGUGCGGCCUCCGAGACUAACGCUAACAAGGCGGAAAAGACGGAGAAGAUGGAGAAUCCUGAAGAUGUAAAAAAAACUGUCAACUGUGAAGACAGUACGAAGCAUGAUGUUUCCAAGAUAAGCGACUCUACACCAGGGUCCAUGGAGGCAGAAGCAGCGGGCGUUAAACCCGAUCUGACAAAGCCACAAGAUGAUGACAAAACUGAUAUUAACUCUGUUGCACGUAAGAACACAGAGGAAGCAUCUGAAGGGAAAGAUCUAUCCAGUGCUGUUGAGAAGACAAACAUCUCUAAAGAUAAACCUGAAAGGCCCGACACAGAACAGAAAAAGGCGUCUGAAGAAGAGCCUAAAAAAACUGAGGCAGAAAGUAAAAAGGAUGCCGAAAUGAAAAAUAAAAAGGCUACAGACACAGAAAAUAAAAAGGAUACAGACACAGAAAAUAAAAAGGCUACAGACACAGAAAAUAAAAAGGAUACAGACACAGAAAAUAAAAAGGAUACAGACACAGAAAAUAAAAAGGAUACAGACACAGAAAAUAAAAAGGAUACAGACACAGAAAAUAAAAAGGCUGCAGACACAAAAAUGAAAAAGGCUGCAGACAAGGAAAAUAAAAAAGAUGCAGAAACUAAAAAUAAGGAUACAGAUAUGGAAAAUAAAAAGGAUACAGACAUGGAAAAUAAAAAGGAUAUAGAUAAGGAUAAGAAAAAAGAUGCAGACACUGAAAAUGAAAAGGGUACUGACACAAAAAAUAAAAAGGUUACAGACAAGGAUAAGAAAAAAGAUGCAGAUAGGGAAGAUAACGCUGCAGACAAAGAAAGUAAAAAAGCUGCAGACAAAGAGAGUAAAAAGGACACAGUCAAGGAAAAGAAAACGGACGAGAAAAAAAUUAUAAAUGACAGUGAAAACCACCUGUGUAAAGACGGAGAGAAUAAAGAGGAUUCCACGACAGAUAAACUCCCUAAAACAGAUGAAACAAAUGAGAAACAAGCAAAUGAAGAGUGUGAAACCUCAAACAAAUUGGAGAAAUCUAGUCAACAAAAUGUGAGCAAAUCCUCAACUGAAACAGAGAAGGACGACCAGCCAAGCAAAGAGACAGAUGCUGAAAAGCCCGCUGAUGAGGAAAGUAAAACAAGCAAAAGUGAAGAAGAGGACUCCGCAACGAAAAAAGAGUCGGCGAACAGGAAGGAAGCCACCUCUGUUUCUUGUCGGAAAGUCAAGCCCAGAGCCCACCGAAGGAAAGCCGAACUUCAGCGAGAGGAGAGACAAGCGGAUUCAGAGUCUGAUACAAACACGGGGAGAUCUCUCCGAAGAUCACCGAGGAUUUCCAGACCAACACCAAAAGUUGUAGAGAUCCAUGACAGGAAGCAGGAAAAAUCGCAGGCUGCUGAGAAGCAAGAGAACGACAAGGGUGAGAAAGAAAAAGAUGAGGACGAGGAGGACGAAGAAGAAGAAGAAGAGGAGGAGGUGAAAGCUGUUCAGAAGAAACCGAGAGAGAAAAAGGCUGAUCAGGAGGGUCAGCCCAAAACUAAGGGGCGAAAGAGACGGAAGACUCGGUGGUCCAACACACGAACGCGCCGUAAAAAGAAAGGCUCUGAAGACGAUGAUGACAACAGCGAGGAGGAGUCCAGCGACGAGAGUGAGGAAGAAGAAGAGGACGACAGCGACGAAGACUACAAGGUUGAGCGAAGCAGAAAGAGGCGCCGCAACCGAGAAAGACGAAGCUCAGACUCCUCGACAUCCUCAGACGACGACCUACCUCCAAAUGACGAUCCCUGCAAGCAUUGUGGUCUUCCAAAUCACCCUGAGCUGAUCUUGCUGUGUGAUUCAUGUGACAGCGGGUACCACACAGCCUGUCUGAGGCCUCCCCUCAUGAUCAUCCCAGACGGAGAAUGGUUCUGUCCACCCUGUCAACAUAAGCUGCUCUGUGACAAAUUAGAUGAACAGCUCCAAAAUCUUGACGCUGCUUUGAAAAAGAAGGAACGGGCUGAGAGAAGGAAAGAGCGUCUCAUUUAUGUUGGAAUCAGUCUUGAAAACAUCAUCACGCCCUCAGUGGAGGAGGAAGAGAAGCCAGAGAUCAUCAUCAAAGAGAAGAAAGAAAAAACCCGAAGUAAGAGCUGGGGUCGACGAUCUACGAGGGCGAAGAAAUCCAUCAGCUACAGAUUUGAUGAAUUCGAUGAGGCGAUUGAGGAGGCAAUAGAGGAAGACAUCAAAGAAGCAGAGGGUGGAGGAGCUGGUCGGGGGAAAGACAUGGCCAACAUCACAGGGCACAGAGGAAAGGAUAUGUCCACCAUCCUUCAAGCAGAUGAGGGCAAGGAGAACGGCCGCCCGCCACGACCCCCCGCCGGUCAGCGCAGGAAAAAACGCCGGCGACUGAAUGACCUGGACAGUGACAGCACCGUAGACGAGGAGGAGAGUGAGGAAGAGUUUCGCAUCAGUGAAAGCUCAGAAGAAGAGUUUGUUGUGACAGAAAAUGAAACAGAAGCUGAAUCGGCAGAAUCCAACAACAGCGACUUUGGCAGCAACAGCAGUGGGAAGCAUCGCACUUCUUCACGGUCCAAGAAGCUACCGCAACGGCGGCGAAGCUCCAGAAAGAGGCGAAGACCGAGAGGGUACUCGGAUGAUGAGGAAGAGGAAUCGGAUGAGGAUGAUGAUGAGGAUGAAAUAGCGACUGAAGGCUCCAGCGAGUACAGCGACAGUGAUCUGGACAUGAGUCGACGACGUUCUCGGAGGAGUCAGAAGAAGCAGGUGAACUACUGCGAGACGUCCGAGUCCGAAGGCUCUCAGGCCGGAACCAACCGGGCCAAAAUGAAACCGAGACCCCGUCGGGACAGCUCAGACAGCGAGGCGAGUUUUUCCAAAGACUCUGAGGAGGAGUCGAGGGACCGGAGGGUGAAGAGGAGAGCCGACUCCUCAGAGGAAGAUUCCCGGCAGCGGCGCAGACGUCUUGCACUAAAACGCAGGAGGGCCUCUGAAGACGACGACUCGGACUCGGACGAUUCGUCGGAGGAGGAGGAUCGCCCCGUCCGUAAACGUGUGAACCGCAUCGACUCAGAUGAUGAUGAGGAAGAGGAGGAGGAGGAGGAGAAGAAGGAGAAGGAGAAGGAGGAGAAACCGAAGGAGAAUAAAGCAGCGGAGAAAGCAGACGAGGAGUCAAAGGGAACAAACCCAGUGGACACACCGGUGGAGCGGCCACCCACCAACGGACAGAGCCCAAUAAAGAGCCUCGAGGGCCUCAUCAGCCGGCCUGCUGCCGCCGCUCCGGGCAUCACCCCAAAUCUGGAGCCACCCAAAAACAUCAGCGCAACACCAGCUGCUGCCAUAGCACCAAACGGUCUGGCUGGCCAGGAGAUAGCGGCACAGGACGAAGACGAAGACGACCUCUUAGGAGUCACAGACCUAGUGGACUACGUCUGCAAUAACGAAGAUUUGUAAAAAUAACAAAACAAAACAACAAAAACAAAUGGUGUACUAUUUCAUUUUUUGUGGUAUUGUAUUUUUAUAUUGCUUAACUUUAUUAUUCCCCGCUCCACCAACACUUCCGUGUCAUCCUUUUUACUUGUGUCAUCUGGAGUCUCAGCAAUCUCUGCUACAGUAAGAACUGGAUCGCUGUCACCAGUCUGAUGCUGGUCCGGUGGGAUUUUACCACAAACUAGGGCACCAACAAUCUGUCAACUCUCAUUUUGUUUGGUAAUCAUCAGUGUAUCCACAUCAUCCAGCUCCACUGCCAAACCACCUCCUUCCUCUAAACACCUCUCACUCUUGUCUUCUCUCAUAUCAUCCCUUUUUUUAUUUUGUUACAAAUUUUAUCUCUCGUCUACAUUGAUGGAAGAAUCGGCACUGAAAUUGUUUAGGAAAUGUGUAGGAAAAUGUUGAUGACUGCCUAUUUGAAUGCUAAACAACUGGGGCUUUUUAAGAUUUUUUAAGAGCAAAAUAAGUCAUUCCAUAAUUGAUUUGGAGUUCUGGGCAUCUGUUUAAAAAAGCAUCUUGGUUUUACAUUUAAUCCCCAAAAUAUGGAAGCCAAUUUCCACAAAUGUGAAGAAAAGAAAUGAUCCAAAUAAUGCCUUUUAAUCGCUGAAUAACUGCUUGCUAUCUCAUAAUUAUGAAACAUUUUCUGAAAAUAAUGACUUUUUAUCCCAAAAUAAUGACUUUCUAUCUUUAUAAUCACAAUCUCUAAAUAUAUGACAGAAAUUAGGACAAAUAUAUUUUUCAUCAAGUAAUUGCAUUUCGUGUCCUUAAAAUAAUGACUUAUCUCAAAAUAUUAUGGAAGCGUAAUUCAUUCACUGGAGGAAAAAAAUUUGCCCUGUUUUUCUGAAUUUCUAAUAAUCAGUUUUCAUGGAAAUAAUUGCGAUAAUUAUCUUAUUAAUUUAAGAAAAAUAAGAGCAGAUUAUUGCUUUUCAGUAAACAUUUUUGGUUUAUAAUGAAUACAAAUAAUGAAGUAUCUCAAGAUAAUCUCAUGAUAAUGACCUAUCGAAUCAAGUUUGGUUUUAUUAUCCCGAGUCCUUUUCUUUUACUGUCAGAAAUAGGCUUCCAUACUUAAAGGAACAGUUUGACAUUUUGGGAAAAGGACUUAUUCAGUUGCCUUUUGGCAGAGAGUUCGAUUUGAAUAUCGAUGCCACUCAUGUCUGUAUAGUAAAUAUGAAGCUGUAGCCACUUAACACAAAGACUGAUUACUGUGUCAUUUUGUUCUGAACUCUUUUUUGAUACAGUUAAUGCUUGGCUAACUAAGUUUGCCUACUAACAACUAUAUGGCUAAAUCUGUACAAAAAUUGUAAAGUGUGAGAUGUCAAUUUGCAUAAUCUUUCAUAAAAAUGUUGUCUUUACACUUCAGGUUUUGUACAGAUUUAACAGAUGUAACGAUAUAAUGUGUCAUAUUUGUGAUAUAAUAUUGAGCUUUAAAGGUGCUAGUAGGUGCAUUUUAUUACCUUGUGGCUAGCUGUUUCCCUCCGUUUCCAGUCUUUGUGCUGAGCUGCUUUAUAUUUAACAUUCAGAUAUCUGUUGAUACAUUAGAGUGGUAUCUAACUCUCCUCUCAAAGUGUUUCUCAAAAUGUUGGAUCUUUUUCUUUAAACUAUUCAUGCUACAAACAGAAUUUAUAAAAACUUUAGAUGAGACUAUUUAUUCUUGUCCAAUAACCUUCUAGACUAAUAACUAGUCGACCAACCUUUAUUUGUCAAACUCCUUGUUUUUUGUUGAAUGAUAGAAUAGCUUUUGUAUAUUGUAUACAAAUAUAAUUAUUUUAACUAUGCGCGUUGCCAUCAGUAUCAGUGGUGUACCACCUUUUGUUGUUUUCUUUGGUUUUGUUUUGUUUUUAUGAGUACUACAUUCAUUUGGGGAAACAAAAUCAGAAGUAAAGCCCUUGUCCCUCCUAAUUCAGCUCUAGUCUAACGCCGUCUUAUUACAUUUGUUACUUUAUGUGAUUUUUUUUUUUUUUUUUUAAUAAUGUAUUUUUUGUAUAUCUAAACUUUUAUUUGUUUUUGUCUCUUUGGAAUGAAAUGUAAAGUGUCUUAUUUUCUUUGUACAUUGUCCUUCAUAGAAGGUUCAAACAACUGCAGACCCAUGGCUUUUAUUAACUAAAAUAACACUAAGCUCCAAAACACCCCUCUUUUCUUUUUUUCCAAUUUUGUUUCUUAUUAUACAGCCCUGAAUAUUCCCACAUUUGUAUUCACAUUCUUUACUUUCAUAAUCUUGAGUUGACGUGGGUCAGGUUGCAGUAAAUUGGUGACUUGAAGACCUCAAAUCAGAUCAAGUUUAUGAAAAAUAAGCAACUUAGUGGAAAAAUUUGGUUUUGAAGCGAUAGUCAGGAUGCAGUUUUUGAAUGGGGGAAAUGGACAGAAAAAAACAAACCAAUGACUUCACUGACCUCUGCUGGAACAGUCUGUGUGUAUAUCUGUAGUUUCUUGCUGUAAUAUAUUUAGAGGCAUUUUUUUAUUCAUGAAAAAGUAUAUUGGGCAAUUUUUUGGGAUUGCAUGAGUUUCUAAUAGUUUUCUUUUGUAGGGAAGUAAUAUUGGCACAACAGUUUUUGUAACAAAACCAGAAAACUUUGGCAUGUUUUAAGGAUCUCCUGGCCGACUGCAUUAGUGCUGAAGGACUUGUGAAGUAGACGCCACAGGAUAUCUCAUCAUUUUGCAGUGAAACUGCAUAGGUAAGCAUGCGCUGACCUACAAAAGGCAUGUUACAGAAGCUCGGGGGGAGAGAGGAUUAUCGUAGAAAAUAUUCUAGGACAGCUGAAUCUGAUUUAAGAGGGGAAAUGAAGCCUGUUUGUAAAAUAUUUUGUAAAUUAGUCUCAGCAUGGUCUUCACAGAGGAAUAACCACUCUAUUUAUCAUACUGUUUUGAUACCGGCGAUGGCCAAAACAUGACUUCCAAGACAAAACCUAUAUGUGCUGCUUGCAGUGCACACAACUUAGGCCUCUAUACACAAAUAUUUAGCUUUUAGAUUAGCUGGACAGAAUAUAGAAAAAACCCAAUUCUACAAAUAUAAUAAUAGAAGUGCGUGUUCUGCUGGGUCGGGUCAGAGUAAAGGAUGUGGAUGUCCGUGUGCUGUAUGUAACCCUGUUUUCAGUUCUCCACAGAGAUAAGGAGAAUGAAUUAAUGUGUCUCAUGGUUAUGAAAUAACCUGUAGCAAGAUCGGCAUAGAACAGAGGAGUGAAAAAAAUAAAGGCUGCGAUGGGAUUAAAGGGGGGAGUUGGUGCCAAUGACUGAAGUGUUAACAGAGUUUCCUAUUUACCUCAUGAUGAAUCUGGGAGGAAAGACGCCCUGUCCACUGUGUAUAGAUGCUAGUAGACUGGUUGUUGGUGUUUGUCUGCUCCUUACAUUUUUGUUAACUUUACUGUUAUUUCAUAUGAAUCUGAUCUUGUACAUUUGUCAUAAUAAAAUGGGUUUUAAACCUCA